AUGGGCCACAGUUUUCCGAAAGCUUUGCCUCCUCCGAUGCUGUACCACAACUUUACACCCCUCAAUUCCUGCAACAUUGUCACCACAAAUGGCUUCUUUAAUCUGAAUACCCCAUCGGACAUGCCGAAGCAUUCCUUUGAAGAAGUAUUAAACAUUCCGCCAGCCUUUAAUACAGACUCCACCAUGAAUGCCCAAAUGAUGAUGCCUAAAACACACUACCAUGAGCUGAUCAGUUCGGUGGCAUCAGAGAACCGGCAUUAUUUUCAGGAUCCUGCAAAUUCGUUUGUACAAAACUUGAACACCAUUCCUCAUGAUUUACAGAUGACUGAAGCAAGAAAACAGUCAAGAUGUUACAAAACAGAAUCAAAAACAGUUACCAAUAUAGUGUCAACAGACAAUGUUCAAGUUAAGAACAAUAACCCUGUAGGUAAUGACAUAGAUAAAGACAAUCUGAUUGACAAAUCAGCUGAUGAUGUAGUGGCCAGUGCUAAUAUAAUGCCUAAUGGUUAUGAUAAGGAUGCAUAUAAAUGUGGAUUUUGUGAAAUGAAAUGUUUAAGCAGCGAGAUCCUUCUAGAUCAUCUGAAUACCCAUACAAAUGUCCUUCCAUAUCACUGUGGUAUUUGUGGUGCAGCUUUCAUUGAUGUCAAUCAGUUGAUGAGACAUGUUCGGCAGUCACACAAUGUCAAGCCUCCUUUUGCUUGUGGUCUCUGCACUUCUACCUUCCAUCAGAGUGAGGAACUGAAAGAACAUAUUGAGACCCAUGAGAAACCUCCCAGCAUUAAUAAAAUUAAGCUACCCUCAGCCUUUGUGGUUAAGGAGAAGAUAAAGAGCUUGGAUAAAGCUGAUGAGAGUCCAAAGGAGGAGGAAACAGAGGAAGAAGCAGAUGAUGAUGAUGAUGAUGAAUUUGAAACAGAAAAUAUGAAUUCCUCAGCCUUAAUGAAUUCUACUGCGAACACGAUCAUAAUUAGUAAGGACACAAAUUUUAGUCUUAGAAAGGGACCAUCAAAGAUAGUCAUGGAUGAUGUUGAUCUGAGUUCAGUAUGCACUGUGAUUAUUGAACCUUCAAGCGCAGGAGGUAUUCGGAAAAAGCAUUUGUUCAAGUGUAACUAUUGUGAAAAGGUGUGCAAAGAUAAGGGUUCAUUAGUGAGUCAUGUCCGAACCCACACAAAAGGAAGACCUUACGAGUGCAAUGUUUGUUUAGCACGAUUCAAGCAGUACGCUCAUCUCAGUGAUCACGUAAUGACCAAACAUACAAAAGACCGUCCAUUUGUCUGUGAUCGCUGCGCGAAAACUUUUAACAGGAAAUCACAUCUUCAAGAUCACAUCCGGCUCAGACAUACAGACGACAAGCUUUACCACUGUUCAGAUUGCAGUGCUACAUUUCAGAAACGGACAGAGUACUCAGAACACAAGAGAAUCCACGGAAAACCUCCAAAGUACCAGUGCAACCUUUGUCCCAGGCAGUUUAGAAAUGUGACAGACUAUGAACGUCACAUUCGAAGUCACACUAAGGAGAAACGUUUUGAAUGUGAGGUUUGUCAUUUGACAUUUGGUCUGCUGGCCAACGCCAAGAAACACAUGGUUAAGCACAGUGAAGACAGACCUUUUAAAUGCGAAGUCUGUCCUAAAGCUUAUCAUUUUGAACAUGACUAUAAGCGUCAUCAAUUAACACACAUAAAUAAAAAACCAUUCCCUUGUACAGAUUGUUAUAAAUCAUUUAAAAAUGCUUCUUUGUUGAAGAAACAUAGCAAAGAAGCUCAUAUGAAAUCUGAAGAAGAUCCAACGAAGAAACCAUUCAAAUGUUUGACUUGCAGGAAAAGAUUUAAAAUUCAAUGGGAUCUCGAUCGGCAUAGAAAGAUUCAUGCCAAGAAGAAACCAUUUCUUUGUUUGUACUGUUACAAAUCGUAUGGAAGUGAAGCAAUGUUAGUGAAACACACCAAGGUUCACGAAGGACAAGAUUUACCUCUUUAUGAUCAUUCUAAAGAUCUCAUUGAUGAGUCACUAACUGAAGCAAAUAGGAAGAAGCGAGGACGGAAAUCAAAGUUAAAAAAUGAACCAGAAAGUAAAAUUCAUUCAGAUGAGACCGCUUCCAAAGCUGAUGAGAAACUGAAGAGCAGAGGAAGACCUUCCAGACAGAAAACAGAAAUCCAUAGCCAGCGUGCAGGGUUAUUGAAGCUGUCACUCAGGCGGAAGAAAAUAAAGGAAACAGCUGAAAAGUCUGCUCCCAGAAUCAAGGUUAGACUGCGACAUAAACAACUCCGUAAAAGAUCGUUCCGUUGUCCUGACUGUAACCAACCAUUCUUGAAUGAAGCCACACUUAAGAAACAUUCUAAGAUUCAUGAGGAAGAGUACAAUGAUAAUACGGAGGAUGACAGUCAGCAGUGUCUGUAUCAGAAUGAUAGUAAAAAUGAAGGAGCCACAAAUCUGGCAUCAUUUAAUAAAAAUGCUAACGAUGCAACCUCAAUAAAUGAUUCAUCACAAGUAAAGAGAAAUGAUCGUUUGAAUAAGGGUGUAUCAAGAGGUGAUGACAGCACUCAAGAUGAAGACACAAGUUGUGAUAAUGAUGUUGAUGAUGCCACCAGUUGGAACAGCAGCAGUGAAUCGCAGCAUGAUGAGAACUCGGCUUUAGAAUUAGUCAGCAUCAAAAGUAAAAAGACAAUUGUAAAAAAGAAAACUGGUGUGCCUUUGUGUAAACAUAUCGGUAGCUGA